AAAGAGGAGUGUCAUGCAGCAUAAAUUUCAUACAAAUUCCGCACACUCGCAACGCGUCGCAGAUACUUUUCGGCAAAGUUUUCCGCAGGAAAAAGCCAGUGUAAAUAAUUAAAAAAAUAAAAUAACAAAAAAAACCGAAAAAAUGGGCGACAGUUCCUCUUAGUUAUUAACAAAUUGGUGUAAAUAAGCUGGUGUAUACGUUAAACGUUAAAUUAGUGAAAAUUGAAUAAAACAGAAGAAAGAAUAGACGACACACGUAAAUAAAAGAAGGAGAGGUGAUGCAGCAGUGAGGAGAGUGGCUGACAGAGCGGGAGAGCAACGUGUCGAGCAACAAAUUAAUAAUACAACAAAAAAUCAGAUAAAUAAAAAAAGCAACACAAAUUGAAAACAACAACAAAAGCAUCAGCAGCAGCAGCAGCAAAAGCAGCGAUUCUGGAUUUCUAGAGGCAGCGGCACAUUCAAAAGAUGGGCUGUGGACAGAGCAAGAUACAUUUGUAUCCCAGGAAAUCGAAGAGUAAAGCGAACGGCAAGAAAGGAGGACAUGCCGACUCAGAUGCCGAAACGGACGAGGACGAAGGCCACAUCGAGGAUGCCGAGAAGGCACAGCAGCGCGACCGCGAGAAGCACGACGAGAGCGAGGAGCUAAGCAAUAAGGACAUCCAGGAAAGCGACGAGGACGUGGCCGUCUCCCUGCUGCGCGCCAAGAACCUGUCGCUGCUGCAAAGCCAGGAAAUAUCAUCUAGCCAACAGAACUUCUUCCGCAUGCUGGACAAGAAGAUCGAUGAGGGUCCGGACUACGACUCGGCCAGCGAGACGGAGAUCGCAUUGGAGGAGGCCCGACUAAACGCACUGCGUCAACAUUGGGAGUCCGCCAGCAUCACGGCCUCCAUUUGCUCCUCGGCCAGCCGCUCGCUGCAGACGACGCCCAUUCGCCAGGUGCAGGUGCCACUGAAGCAGCCACCACGUGGCGCCGGCCUGCUGCUCCAGCCUUCCAGCGCGUCGGCGGUCACCGCCUCCUCCUCCUCCUCCUCCUCGACGAUAGUCGCGCUGCCCACGACGGAGUAUCUACCUCAGCAUGUGUUGACGGGACGGCAAGUGGUGCAGCAGCAACAGCAACAGCAGCAGCAACAGGCGGCAGUGCUCUACCAGCAGCAGCAGCAGCAACAACUAAUCCUGCUGCCCCAGUUGGAUCCUAAUGUUGUCAACACGUCCACGGCAGCAGCAGCGGCACAGCUCGUCCAGUUGCAGCAGCAGCAUCAACAGCAGCAGCAGCUGCAGCAACAGCAACUGCAGCAGCAACAGCAGCUGCAGCAGCAACAGCAACUGCAACAGCAACAGCAGCUGCAACUCAAUCAGCAGCAGCAGCAACUCUACCAGCAGCAACAGCAAUACCUGCUGACCCUUCCCGCCGGAUCAAAGCCACAGAGCGUGAGUCCAAAGCGCCUCAUCUAUGGUGGCCCCGCUGCCACCACUCUCCUCUGUGCAACUGGCAUCAAAUGCAACGCCCCCGAAACUUACGAACCGCCAACCGCUCCACACAGCCAAAUCCAGCAGCAACAGCCGCCGCCUCCUCCGCCGGGCGCCUACUACGGCGAGAUGAUGCACGGCGUACAGGCCGCUCCAGCGGCGGAAUACAAGUUCCCGCCAGCCAUCAGUGUGCAGCGACUGGCGCCGCAGGUGCAGCGGCAGCUGCGCGAGACGCAGGAACUCAUAAAAGACUCGUGCCCGCAGCUGUAUGCGGCGGGCUAUGGCAGCCCAGGACCACCGAUACGCAAUCCCAGCAGGAACCCCACUAGAACUAGACCCACCCUGGAGACGCAGUUCUCGCAGGAACUCUCGUGAUAUCUAUAUAUGUAAACAGCCAGCAGACGGAGGAUGCACCCACGUUCAGACACACACUCAAACACACACACACAACCUAAACCCACACAGUUGGAAAAACUGCAGCCAAA